AUGCCAGACCAAGCAUCCAUAAACCGAUCUCUCAAUACCAUUCGAACUGAGCUCGAAUACUUGCAACAAAGUGGUGCUGUUGCUCCAGCUCAAUUCCAAUCAAUCAUGGCACAACUUCCUCAAGGAAAUGGUCAACCAUCCCAAUACAUAGAUCCUCGAUACAAUCCCAACGGUGGUUUUAACCCCAGUAAAAUAAGCCAAGAAGCUCAAGAUCCAGGCCAUCCCGCACAUCCCCAAAAUCCCAAGCAUCACGAAUGGGCAAAGAAGAUGGCCACCAAGUUUGGUAAUGCAGCAGUCUUUGGUGCAGGUGCAACUUUCGGUGGGGAUUUGGUUAAUGAUGUUAUGAGAAAGUUUUAA